GGCGCUAACUGCUGGAGCUUAGCGGGACUCGGCACGGCAGUAGUAUUCAUCUUCCAACUCCCCAACUGUUCCUCUAAAGAACGAACCAACUUCCUUUGAUCGGCGAGAUCAAAAGUUGCUCUCGUUCGCUUUUCCGGCUACUUGCAGUAUCUCGCGGUUGUCAAACCUCUAAAGUCUCACUCGCUGGCCCGAGUUCGUUCCGAUCAGCCCUGGGUUCAUUUGCCCUCGCAGUUCUUCCAAGGUGGCUAGGGAUUCUUAACGGGCAUUGUAUUGUGAUAGAAAGCAUGAAUUACAUUAUUGGAGCUUUCAAGCCCGCAUGUAAUAUAGCAAUCACAUUAAAUGAUGCGAAGAUGCGGAAACAGGUUCCUGUGAAGAAGGAGAAUGGCCAAACCAUUAUGACUCCACUCUUUCAGAGCCAAGAAAGUGUUGCUGGCAAGGUUGUUAUUGAACCACCUCAAGGGAAGAAGGUCGAACACAAUGGUGUUAAGGUUGAGCUUCUUGGUCAGAUUGAGAUGUACUUUGACAGGGGCAAUUUUUAUGACUUUACCUCUCUUGUACGUGAACUGGAGGUCCCUGGAGAAUUAUAUGAAAGGAAAACAUAUCCUUUUGAAUUCUCCACAGUAGAAAUGCCAUAUGAGACGUAUAAUGGGGUGAAUGUAAGGCUGAGGUAUGUUCUGAAAGUGACUGUAAGUCGAGGUUAUGCCGGGAGCAUUAUUGAAUACCAGGACUUUGUGGUACGGAACUACACUCCACCUCCACCUGUUAACAACACUAUCAAGAUGGAAGUUGGAAUUGAAGAUUGUCUACAUAUUGAGUUUGAGUACAACAAGAGCAAGUAUCAUCUGAAAGACGUGAUUAUUGGUAAAAUCUAUUUUCUCCUUGUGAGAAUCAAGAUAAAAAAUAUGGACCUUGAGAUCAGGCGCAGAGAGUCGACUGGGUCAGGGGCGAAUACCCAUGUUGAGACAGAGACUCUUGCUAAGUUUGAAUUGAUGGAUGGAGCUCCUGUUCGGGGUGAAUCAAUUCCAAUCAGACUGUUUCUAAGCCCAUAUGAACUGACACCGACGCACCGCAAUAUUAAUAACAAGUUCAGUGUGAAGUAUUAUUUAAACCUUGUUCUGGUGGAUGAAGAGGACCGUCGCUACUUUAAGCAGCAGGAAAUUACAAUAUACAGGAUGCAAGAAGGCUCCUGAUGAAAGGCAGCCACACUCGGGGAUGGUGAAGGUUUUAUCAGGAUAUAUAGAGAUUAACUUCCGUUUGACAAAAUUGUAAAGCUUUUCUUCAGUCACAGUUGAAAGCUAGUUGUGGGCUUUGGGCAAUGAUCCUGUCUCUGCUGGAAGCUGCUGGUGUAGUACUUCUUGUUUGCAAAAUCUAUCUAACCUUGUGACGUGGUUCGUGCAAGCUCGGCUGUGUGGCAGAAGUUGAGACUUGUCUCGUUGCUUCUACACUGGAAAAUGCUAACCUUCAUUAGAGAUCAUUAGGGCGGGUGAUGCUAAGUGUUUCUAGUGGUUUAGGAUGAUGUAGCAGAGAUCUAUUUAUUAUGCUGUGGUUAUGCAGAAAUUGGGUUAUUUUCACAAAUCACAAGCUUGUAAGUGUACAAUGGGGGGUAAUUAUGCUUUGCUCGAUUCGCGCUGAAUUUGGUUGUGGGAAGGGCUUACACUUCGAAGCAUUUGGUGAAUGGAUGGCUUCCUGGAUUAUGUUCUGCGUUGUGUUUGGUUUGGCUUUCUAGGCUUACCGAGUUGUGGCUACCAAGUUGUACUCCGGGAAAGUAUUGUUUGGUUUGAUACAUUCCUGACACAGAUUUGCUGAUAAAACGGUGUAAAAGGACAUGUAUUGGCC